UUUUUUUUGCAAAUAAUAAUAAACUUAGAAUUUCAUGGCUGCAACACGUGCCAAAGUAGUUGGGAAAGGGCAUGUUCACCACUGUGUUACAUGGCCUUUCUUUUUAACAACACUCAGUAAACGUUUGGGAACUGAGGAGACACAUUUUUUAGGCUUCUCAGGUAGAAUUAUUUCCCAUUCUUGCUUGAUGUACAGCAUAAGUUGUUCAACAGUCCGGGGGUCUCCGUUGUGGUAUUUUAGGCUUCAUAAUGCGCCACACAUUUUCAAUGGGAGACAGGUCUGGACAACAGGCAGGCCAGUCUAGUACCCGCACUCGUUUACUAUGAAGCCACGUUGAUGUAACACGUGGCUUGGCAUUGUCUUGCUGAAAUAAGCAGGAGCGUCCAUGGUAACGUUGCUUGAAUUGUAACAUAUGUUGCUCCAAAACCUGUAUGUACCUUUCAGCAUUAAUGGCGCCUUCACAGAUGUGUAAGUUACCCAUGUCUUGGGCCCUAAUACACCCCCAUACCAUCACAGAUGCUGGCUUUUCAACUUUGCGCCUAUAACAAUCCGGAUGGUUCUUUUCCUCUUUGGUCCGGAGGACACGACGUCCACAGUUUCCAAAAACAAUUUGAAAUGUGGACUUGUCAGACCACAGAACACUUUUCCACUUUGUAUCAGUCCAUCUUAGAUGAGCUCAGGCCCAGCGAAGCCGACGGUGUUUCUGGGUGUUGUUGAUAAACGGUUUUCGCCUUGCAUAAGAGAGUUUUAACUUGCACUUACAGAUGUAGCGACCAACUGUAGUUACUGAAAGUGGGUUUCUGAAGUGUUCCUGAGCCCAUGUGGUGAUAUCCUUUACACACUGAUGUCACUUGUUGAUGCAGUACAGCCUGAGGGAUCGAAGGUCACAGGCUUAGCUGCUUACGUGCAGUGAUUUCUCCAGAUUUUCUGAACCCUUUGAUGAUAUUACGGACCGUAGAUGGUGAAAUCCCUCAAUUCCUUGCAAUAGCUGGUUGAGAAAGGUUUUUCUUGAACUGUACAACAAUUUGCUCACGCAUUUGUUGACAAAGUGGUGACCCUCGCCCCAUCCUUGUUUGUGAAUGACUGAGCAUUUCAUGGAAUCUACUUUUAUACCCAAUCAUGGCACCCACCUGUUCCCAAUUUGCCUGUUCACCUGUGGGAUGUUCCAAAUAAGUGUUUGAUGAGCAUUUCUCAACUUUAUCAGUAUUUAUUGCCACCUUUCCCAACUUCUUUGUCACGUGUUGCUGGCAUCAAAUUCUAAAGUUAAUGAUUAUUUGCAAAAAAAAAGGUUUAUCAGUUUGAACAUCAAAUAUGUUGUCUUUGUAGCAUAUUCAACUGAAUAUGGGUUGAAAAUGAUUUGCAAAUCAUUGUAUUCCGUUUAUAUUUACAUCUAACACAAUUUCCCAACUCAUAUGGAAAUGGGGUUUGUAUUUGCUCAGUGUUAAUUGGUAAAUUCUAUUUUUUUCCCGCUUUAUUUCUUUUUAGGCAAUUGACAUUCAUUAACACAUUUGAACAGACACAAAAGUACUGAAAACUUGUACCGGGAAUUGGUACCGUCUUGAUUCAAAUGUGAGAGGUACCCAUCCCUACAUGCUACACAAAAAAAGUGUGGAAGUUCUGCUAAUCCUGUAAAACCAAUAAAAAAAUCUAUGUAUCUACCUAUGUUGGGCUCACAGGGUUAAAUUCUUAUGUAGUGCUGAAAUUGCCCAAGCUUAGCUCUGUACGUGCAAAGAACAACGGGUAAGUGUGCUUUUAAUUUGAUCUAUUGCAUUUUCACGCGCCAAAAGUCUGUGGAAUUAAUCUGACACCAAACCUGUCUAAUAUGGUUUGGCACCCUAUUGCUAUAGCUGCACCACUGUGUAACUAAAGUGUUUAUUUCAACUGAAACACAAUCUUUUUGCUCACACAUUCUGUGAAUUUUUAUUUUAAAAAGGUUUGUGGCUUUUAAUGGUUUAAGUAAACAAGAAAAGUUGUAAUGUCACAGAAUAAAGAAAGCUACUGUAAGAUCAAUGUUGCAACACUGCAGGAAUAAAGUUAUAUAAUUACAAGUCUUAACAGUGAGAGUAAAAAGUUGUAAUGUUACAUAAAUACAGUCAUUACAAGCUGUACUAUUUUGAGGAUAAGGUUCUCAGUAUGAUGUAUAAAGAUGUUUGGGGUUUAAUAGGGGUGUAACUAACUGUACACUAUAUUCACAAUUCUCCUUAAAGGUCACAAGUUAAUAGCUGGUUUUGGUUUAGAUUUCAGUUACGUCGACAUCACUCAUAAAUCAUAUCCACUAUAAUAAGGGAUUUACUUAUAAUCAACCAGUCUUCCAUUCCUCACUAAACGUUAUCAUAUCUUGAAUUGAGCGUUAAUUUUCCCUGUAGAACAUGUACCGAGUUUGCACCUUAAUAUCCCCGCACAUAUGUGGUCAGCCUUUUUUCAGUGACUCCAUUUUGUAGCACAAAGUAAAAGUGUUACAUCUGUAGACUUGAGCUGUAGACUUUUCAAACCUGGGCAGUGAAAUAAAAAGCUUAAAGAUGUCAAAUACUCAAUUGUGUUCAGCACUGCAAAUUCUGUCUAAUAGUUCACAGAACUUAUAAAGUACUACUCUCAUAAAUAACUGAAUUUUGGCCCAGAAAAAUGUUCGAAGGCGAAGGUCGAAGUUUCUGGUUCUUGAGUAAAGUUCCUGCGAUGGAACUGGUGCUCGAGAAGACCCUGUUUAUGUCUGAAUGACAGGGUACAUGUGGGGUUUUAAAGUGUUAAAACUCUAAAAUCCAAAUAUGUAAUUUAAGACCCCACAAUGUUUUAAAUUCUAUGAAAAUCUCACAACAUUUCUUAAAUAUGACAAUAAAAAGGCCUUAAAAAGUACAUUAAUGUUAUAAUUACCGUUUUUCCGGACUAUAUAAUGUACAUGUAUAUAAUAUAGUGUUCAAGAAGCACACAAUACAUUUUUGAAUAUAACUCUAUUUUUAGAUAUAUUAGCUGCACAGGUCUAUAAGCCAAUGAUAUAUACAGUAUGUUGUGAAAUUACAACAUCCCAAGCAGCCUAUAUAGAGUAAAGGAGGGAGUUAAUCAUACCUGGACAUGGCUGAAGAAUCGAUGGAGAAGCAGCGGUCCAUGCCUGGGUUGGGUGAAGAGUUGAUCUCCAUGGGAAGCACACUGGGACCGGCUUUUGGCGACGUCCAGUGCGUGACGGCAGGGCGGCUACAUCAUCUGUAAAAACAAGGUCCGAUGGGGCCAUUUCCCUGUGUUUCUCCCGGGGAUGGUGCCAGCUCUCUGCGUCCAUGAUUUAGGCCAUCAGGGAGUUCCAUGCCUCCAAUCCUUCAGGAGCGAGGUACACCUCAUCUUCCUUGCCUCUGAGGAAUACCACAAUAACAGCGCCUCUGCUUUCAACUUAUCUUAUUUGUCCUUAUCUGUCAAAAACACUUUGUUAGGCAAUGCUGCGAUGGUGGUGUUCUUACGAUGCGGAGAAGGGACAGGAAGUAUCAAGAGCAGCGUGCAGAGUGCGUGGGAGCCAGAGCACGGCCCCAUCACCCCCGAGAGCCCAACCCACAAACAGGAGGCGUGGUGCCCAGGGAACCAGGGACCACCGCCCCCACGCAGCCAAGCCGGCCAGCGACAGGAACCCCAGAGCCCGACCCACCGUACCGCCCACAAGGGCCAGCAGCAGGCCGCAGACAGACGCACCCGGCAGAGGACAGGGCACGAGAAAAGCAGGGGACAGCCAGACCCCAAGCCAGCGAGAGACCACACCCCACACAGGCAGAAAGGCGAGACGCCCCGCCCGAGGGACCCAGAGACUCCCCGCAACCGGACGGGAAGACCGCACCCGCCCCACCGGCAACCGGGCCCCCACGAGCCCACCCCCCUCCCCCGGAGAGCGCGGCGAGGCCAGCCCCCGGCCACCCCACCCAAACCGGCCGCCGCAGGACCACCCAGGCACAGGGCCACGGGAACCACCCACCCCACCCGCAGGGACCCCAACGAUGGAGAUGGAACAACCAGCAACCGCCCCGCCGAGCCCCCCCCCCUGAGGGAGGGGAAAAAUUAAAAAAUAAUAUUAAUAAAAUAUAUUAAAAAAUAAAUAAAUAAAUAAAUAAAUUAAUUAAUUAAUUUAAAAAAAAAGAAUUAAAAGAAGAUCACAGACAUGCUGACAAACAAGGUCACUACCCCAGCAACUGGCCGACUCGCAGCACCUCGGAAUACCUUGCAGCACCAAGCUACCACAAUAGACGCAGGGACUAGGCCCAACAGGCCCCAACCAAGACGGGCACCCGGAAGUGAUGGACAGCGGGACCCAGGAGCUCCAGACACGCAGUUCGGAUGCAGUAGCCUGAGGCGUCGACCACCGUCUGACAGGCAGGCCCAGAGCGUACCCCCAGAAAUAUACAUACAUACAUACAUAUAUACAUACACAUACACACAUACAUGCGUUAUCAUUAAACCAGUUGAAAGAUCAUACAACGUGUCAGCAUUUCUUGACAUCUUCGAGUAAAGAUCAUUGUUAAACCCGUCCAACGCUACAUUAUUAUGUGACUGGGCCGGUACGCUGUUUAUAUGGAGGAAAAGCGGACGCCUGGACAGCAUGCGGCCGUUGGGGGGUGAAGAUUUCAGGUGAGAGAGGACGUUAAACACAGUGUCUUAAAGGCACGCCCCCAAUAUUGUUGACCGGGCGGAAAUUGGGAGAAAUUCGGGAGAAUGGUUGCCCCGGGAGAUUUUCGGGAGGGGCACUGAAAUUCGGGAGUCUCCCGGGAAAAUUGGGAGGGUAGGCAAUUAUGGUGAUUAGGUGUGCCCAAAAAGCCUAUUAAACAUAACUAAAAUAACACACUGUUAGAAAAUACACUAUUUUGCAUUUCAUGUGUUUGUUUCACUGAAGUGUUUUAGUCUUAGUGUUGUAUCUGU